AGGGAAUGUCAGUGUACAAGGCCAGUAGGGUGUAUGGGGUUCCAGAAUCUACACUAAGAGACAGGACACUUGGACUGCAGCCUACUGGGGACUUGCCAUAUGCUGGUCCUUGGCCGUUGUUUUCUAAGUAUGAAGAAAGCCAGCUUGUGGAACAUGUAGCAUAUAUGGCUAGGAUUGGAUACGGCUAUUCACGGCAAGAAUUCAUGAGUCUGGCAACAGAUUAUGCCAUCAGUUUAAAAAAAAAGAUGGAGAUGGACUCACCACUUGCUCCUUCUUGGUUUAAUGGUUUCAGAAAAAGAAACCCUGAAGUGAGAAUGACAAGACCACAAAAACUGUCAGUAAUUCGGGCAAAGUGUACAUUGGAAGAAGUUAUUAAUAACUAUUUCAAAGAGCUGGACAAGGUGUUGAAAGCCCACAACCUUCAUGAAAGCCCUGAAUCUAUUUGGAAUAUUGAUGAAACUGGGUUGCAGACUGAGCAUUCCCCAAGGAAGAUCCUCUGCAUGCAGGGAGAAAAGGCAAAUGCAGUUACUUCCAACAGAGGCCAGACAGUUACCUUAAUAGGAUGUGGAAGUGCUGCAGGUGUGCAUGUCCCCCCAUACUAUGUCUUCCCUGGCAAAAGAUGGAACGAAAACCUGAUGGAUGGGGCCACCCCAGGAUCUGCUGGCACAAUGUCCGAUUCUGGAUGGUCAAACUCUUCAGUCUUCCUCAAGUACCUUGAGAAUCACUUCCUUCACCAUGUCAACACCAGAGAUCGUCCAGUGCUUGUUUUAUUUGAUGGUCAUAAAUCACACGUCAAUUUAACACUUGCAAAUUGGGGAAAGCAGCACAAUGUUGUAUUUUUUGUACUGCCUCCCCACACGUCACAUGUAACACAACCCCUGGAUGUUGGCUGUUUUGGCCCUCUGAAAAGCUUUUACUAUUCGGAAUGCCAAAUUUUCAUGAGGAAGAAUCCUGGGAUGCAGCUAAACCGGUACAAUGUUGCAGCCAUUUCGGGGAAGGCGUACAACAAGGGUGUUGCAGCACAGAAUCUAAUAUCUUCAUUCAAAAGGGCUGGAAUUUAUCCCAUGAAUCGGUCUCAGAUACCCGUAACAGCAACAGCACCAUCAGAAAUUUACCAAGAAAACACACCUCCCAAAUCAGAAAGUUUCUUGGAUAAAAGAAAGAUAACAUCCAUUAGUCAAGCUUCAACAAAAAAAAAGAAAAUCUCCUCCUACAAUUCAAGGAAACCUUUUGUCUCCCACAAAACAGGCACUGCUGUCAGAGGCCACACAUUUGGUAACUGA